AUGGCCAUUCUCGCUGCCUGUCUGGCUCUGCUUCUCCAUGGCGUCGCGGCCGUGAACGUGACGCAUCUUCGCCGCGAGUUUCUGGCGCAGGAGCGUGUUGCUGCAUGCCCCGGGGACACACGAGGAGAUGGCAAGUGCGACAAGGAUGACACACAUCGGGUCUGUGCGAAGAUUGGAGUUGAUGACACCUCUUUCUGGGAGUUCACCGGCCAGAGCAAGUGGUGCAACACCGACAUCUAUGGAGACGGCAAGAUUGCUUGCCCGCCAGAGAAGCCAUUCUGGUGCAUCUGCAAGUGGGCAACGGCUUCAUGGAUCAAGGGCGAAGGUUGCAAUGACAAAGUCAACUUUGACUGCGCGGCCACAGAUGUAUGCAACCUGAAGGCCUCCUACACAGAUGGCGAUGUCGAGCUGCAGCCUGCUCAUGACUGCAUGAAAGUCAAGUGCAAGCAGGAGUGGGAUGCUUGCUGA